AUGACUAAGGAAGACAAUAGGAAGAAGUUCGUGGACGAGUUCCCAUCGUUGGUGUCACAGUUGACGCAGUCCUUGCGCGAGUACGGGAUCCCCCAGGACGCUAUCGACUGGUACGAGAAGUCGUUGAACUACAACACCCCAGGUGGUAAGUUGAACCGCGGCCUCUCUGUUGUGGACACGUACGUCAUCCUAAAGAACUGCAAGUCGCCGCUCGACUUGCCGGUGGACGAAUACAGGCGCGUAGCGCUCUUGGGGUGGUGCGUAGAGUUGUUGCAGGCGUACUUCUUGGUGGCCGACGACAUGAUGGACAAGUCGAUCACCCGGCGUGGUCAGCCCUGCUGGUACCGUGUGGAGGAGGUGGGCGACAUGGCCAUCAACGAUGCUUUCAUGCUGGAAGCGGCCAUCUACUGUUUGUUGAAGCGCAACUUCCGCGACCAGCCCUACUAUGUGGACCUUCUCGAGUUGUUGCACGACGUCACGUUCCAGACGGAAGUCGGCCAGUUGUUGGACUUGAUGACCGCGCCCGAGUUUAUCGUGGACUUGAACAAGUUCUCGUUGCAGCGCCAUUCCUACAUCGUGAUCUUCAAGACCGCCUACUACUCGUUCUACUUGCCCGUCGCCUUGGCCAUGUACGCCGCCGGCGUCAACGACGAGCGCGACUUCGCCCAGGCCCGUGAGGUCUUGCUUCCACUCGGCGAGUACUUCCAGAUCCAGGACGACUACUUGGACUGCUUCGGCAGGCCCGAGGACAUCGGCAAGAUCGGCACCGACAUCCAGGACAACAAGUGCUCCUGGGUCAUCAACGCGGCCUUGAAGCUUUGCUCCCCCGAGCAGCGCAAGAUCUUAGACGAGAACUACGGCCGUAAGGACCCGGAGUGCGAGCAGCGCUGCAAGCAGAUCUUCUACGACUUGAAGCUCCAGGAAGUUUACGAGCGCUACGAGGAGCAGGUUGCCGCCCGCUUGCGCGAGCGCAUCGGCGAGAUCGACGAAUCACGUGGCUUCCGCCGCGAGGUGUUGUACUCCUUCUUGGACAAGGUGUACAGGAGAAAGAAGUAG